UUAUGGCAAUAAAAUCUCACACCAUUUUCAUCCCUCACUUUCCUGUAAAAGUUUCACUAUUUAUUAUAUCCACGCUUCGGUUUUCUCCUCAUCUGGAUCCCUAUUCUUUUCAACUAAACCCUAAUUUCAUCGAGACUCUGAUCUUGAUCUCGCCCCUACCUGAUCUAAAAUCAAGCAACUUUCAGAUCACUUUUCCUGCUAGCCAGGAACAGAAAUGUCUUUUCCGCGUAAUUUCCCCUCACAUGGAGGCACUACCAAUGAUGACUAUCGGUCCUCCUUCCAUAGGAACAACUUUGGCAACAACAACAGGAACAGAACCAGGAACUAUUAUAACAACAGAAAUUAUAGCAAUAUCAGUGACUUCUCUGGGAAAAUUUGGCAGCAUAAUGACAAUUUCAGCCAUGCUAAGCCUGAUAAUUUCAGCCAUGCUAAGCCUGAUAAUUUCAGUCAUGCUAAUCCUAUUGGUGUAGGAUUGCCAUCUUUGAAAAGGAGAAAACUCUCAGCUUGUACUUGGGGAGGCAGUGGGAGACAGUAUGUGCCACCUGCGGCAUAUAACUUGGCCCCUCCAACCUGCAAUUAUGCAGUCUCUCUGACAAGAUCCCAUGCAGGGGCCUCUAUGUCCAGUAGCUGUAAACGUGACUGCUCACAAUUGGAAGAUGAUGAACCUGUCUUCAUGUCAAGGGAUGAGAUUGAGAGGUACUCCCCAUCAAGAAAAGAUGGUAUUGAUGCUCUUCGUGAAGCUCAUUUGCGGUACUCAUACUGCACUUUCCUUCAUAAUCUUGGACUGCGACUCGAGCUGCCCCAAACCACUAUUGGUACUGCUACGGUUCUGUGCCACCGGUUUUUUUCUCGACAAUCACAUGCUUCUUAUGAUAGAUUUUUGAUUGCUACUGCUGCUCUUUUUCUUGCUGCAAAGUCUGAGGAGACUCCAUGCCCUUUGAACAAUGUGCUGAGAGUAUCUUGUGAAAUUACCCAUAAGCAGGAUUUUUCUUUCUUGUCCUAUCUGCUUCCUGCUGACUGGUUUGAGCUGUAUCGGGAACGAGUGAUUGAGGCUGAGAAUAUGAUACUGACUACUCUAAAUUUUGAGCUAAAUGUGCAACAUCCAUAUGCUCCACUUACAUCCGUUCUUAACAAACUAGGUCUUUCGCAAACUGUUUUGGUCAAUCUGGCAUUAAACUUGGUCAGUGAAGGUUUAGCUGAAAAAAUAGUGUAGGAAACAGAAUUUUGACCGUGGGUCCUAGAAGAAGCUCAGCCAUGUUGCAGACUUUUUGAGGUUCUGGUGGUUGUUCUGGCUGACAAGAUGGCUACACCGGUUUUCUUCCCUUUCUUGGGACGGUUCAAAAUUGAGUUUUUUUUUUUUUUUUGUGUCAAUAAUUUCUUUGAGCAACUACUCUGUAGUUAUUCUGGUAUGGGAUAUUGAUACUUUUGACAUGCAUAUAAUUGCAGGAUCUGCACAAGAUUAGCGUGCUCGCAUGUAUGAUUUUCUUAGCUGGCCGGUUGACAUGCUGUUCAUGGAAAGUUUUGUUUUACAUCUGAAGUUGAACUGCUGAUGGGUGUUGAUGACUUCCAUCACGAAAACACCCCAUGAACUUGGUCAUUGGCUAUUAAAGAUAGCCACAGGACCUCCAAAGUCAGUUUGCUGUACUACUUUAAAUUGUUUUAGUCCUCCCAAACUUCCUUUGAAUCUGUUUGGAAUGGGUCCUCUAGACUUACACAAACUUAUGAUUUGUGAGAUAUGGCAAGUUGCACUUGCUGUCAAUUUGCUGACCUGGGGGUCAACCAUUGACUAGGCAAGGAUUUGCUUACCUUUUUGGAGAGUAUUCUUUUUCUUUGUUGCCUAUGAGUGUUCUUACCAGCUGGGUGAGAGUAUUUUCAGUUAGCUAGGGGAUUUUUGGGUUUAGCAGACAAGUUACCAAGUUGUUUUUGUCUGCUGUGAAAGUUUGAAACAUUGAUUUAAGUUUGCCUUUUUUCUCCAACUAGUUUUGAUUUUUUUUUAAAAACUCAUCUCAUGCAUUAUUUUUAACCCCUAUCAUUUUGUACCGUAAAUGAUCUUCUCUAAAAAUAAAUGAACAUAAAUUUGAUUUUAGUUUCAUCCAAGUAUUAUCAAGUGAAAACCUGCUAUGGUUUCGGUUCAAGUAGAAGUCUUACAUCUGAUGUAUUUUUUCACCUGGUUGUUUGGUGUUCUGAGCUGACUUGUUUCCUAUUGUUUUAAGUACUCUUGCUGAUGAAAAAAGUGGCAGACACCAGAAUAUGCUUUAGUACCACUCACUUAGGAUGGAUAGGUGCUUACCAAUUAAAAAAAAAAAAAACUUGGUAUGUAUAGGUACUGAAAGGAUUAGCCAAUGCAAUAGGCAUGAAAAGGGAAAUUGGAAUGAAAACUGCUUAAAAUAAUUGAAUUUGAUGUGUGGCAAGCCUUACCUUCUUCUGUAUUUAUUACAUUAAUAAUUUUUUUUUAGUUCGUGUAAUAUCAUAGAUUGAGUAUUGGAAGGUGGUAAAUGAGCUUUCACAUUGCUUGGAUUGGAGAAGUUCUUGCUAUAUAUAAUGAUUCCAAUGGGCUUCAAUCUCUUCUCUCCUUUUUGUUUUUCUUCUUCCUUCUUUUUUCUUCUUUUGUUCUUCUCCCAAGCCACAUCUGUAUGAACGAAAGAAGAAGAGGAGGAAGAAGAAAAUAAGAAAAAUGAAAAAGAUUGGAGCGGCGACUGAAAGAAGAAGAAAACAAGAAGAAAAGAGGGAAAAAAAAAAAAAGAAUGAAAGAAAAGAAAGAAGAAAAGAAGCGAGUGAAAGAAAAGAAGAAGAAAAGAAGGCACUAGAAAGUGUGGGGGGUGGCAGUAAGCGAUUAGGGUUUAGAACAAGGACAAUGCUAGGGUGACUACCAAAUGUGCACACUAGUAUAAAUGGGUUUUUUUAAUUUUUCUUUAAGCAUUUUUUAAAAUCAUUAACCAUUAAGAAAAAAAAAAUCACUAAUAGUCACUUCCUUAAUCAUUGAGAAUUUUUUUAAAAUAAAAGAAAAAUAAAAAUAUAUGAGUGGGCAUAUUUGGUAGUCAUACUAUCAUAUUCCUUGGAACAAAUAUGUAUAAAUAUGUAGGGUUAUAUGGGCGAGCGGGUGGGUUUUUAACCUGCCAGCCACCCGUCUGUUUUAAGUAAUGUUAUGAAUCUGUUCACCCGAGGGCGGGCGGAAAAUCUGCCUUUACACCUAUGGGUGGGUGGACUGUGGGACGCACCCGAUGUUUAGCCCGAACUAUAUCUAAAGAACAUGUUACAUACACUCAAUGUCCAUGAUUAUAUAUGAUAUCUUAAUGCUAAAAUAUCAAUGAAAAAUAUGUAAGAUAUUAGAUAAUACCAAUCAUCUCAUGUUGCUAAACUAUACUUUUCUAAUUCUCAGAAAUUUUAUGAUAAAUUUGUAUCAUUAUUGUCAUAUUUUUAUUUGAUAAUGUUGUUAUUCUAUUACUGCUGCCUUUUUUGUGGCUAUUUUACUUUAUGGGGAAUCAUUUUUUAUAAAUGACUCGAUAAGUUUUUGAAGUUGUCAAUAUUGGAAAUUAAAUAAAUAAUGCUGUUUUUGGAUAUAUUGCUAACAUUAUUAUUAAUGUGCUCUUGAUGUUUUGGACUCGCAAAAACAUAUGUUUUUUUAAUAUAUUUUUAAGUGUUAUAACGAUUUCAAUUAUUGACACUGUAACCCCUAGGAUUGGCUCAAGUGGUAAAGGCCUUGGUCUUGGUGCUAUGCUCCCUUUAGGUCUAAGGCUCAAAUCUUCUUGGGUGCAAACGAUUUCUAGGGGACAUCGGACUAGGGGAGCUUCCCCUUGAAUUAUCCAAGGUGCACUUGCGGGAAGCUGUUGAGGGCCUGUGCACCUCUGGGAUUAGUCGGGACUUUCUUCUUGAACAUCCGGUGCCAAUAAAAGAAGGAAAAAAAAAAAACAUAAUUGAUACUGUUAUUAUUGUUGUUAUUAUUGCUAUUUUAUGCUAUUACUGUUGUUAUUACUAUUAUAAUUAUGACUAUUAGUACAAAAUAAUUGAGGAAAAUUACACUGUCCAUUCUCUGACUAACAUACAUUUUACAAUGUGCAUCCAAAAGUGUCAAAAUAGAUACAUUAACUAAAAGUUAGAAUGUGCAUCCUUGAUUUCUCUCUGACCAUAAGAUCGAUUCUCGUAACCUAAAUUUCAUCACUUUUAAUGGUUGGACAAGGAUGAUAUUUGACAGUGAGUGGUAGUUUUUUUGAUAGUCUGUAGUAGUUGAAGAUGCAGUUUGCCAAUUUUAGCAGUUUAGGGUGCACGUUACAAUGGUGUAUUGGUUAUAGAGGGUGGAAAGUGUUUUUUACUACUGCUGCUACUGAAAUUAUUUAAUAGUACAUUACUACCACAAUGUCACCUCCUCCUCCUUUCUUAAAAUUUCAUAUAUGUGAAGGCUUACGAUUUGAAGAAGUUGAAUGUCCUGAUAUUUAAUCAUCCAUACGUUUUUCAAACUGAGACACAAUAUGUUUAGGCUUUACUAUAAUAUGUCAAGGGAUUCUCAUUCUGACGCCCCCCUUGGGGGGGGGGGGGGGGGGGAGUUUAUCAU